UAUUUAAAAUUCAGUUCACCAAGUAGGCAUUGCAUUUUUGUGUCAAUUAUGUUUAUUUAAAACUCUGGGAAUAUCCCUUCACUCACACACCUUACACAUGAGCACCUCACAAGGACGCACUCACGAUCACCCCACAAGGACGCACUCACGAUCACCCCACAAGGACACAUACUCAAUUCCCUUUCAGAUACACCUAAUAUUCAUCCGUUAACAAAAUUAGUCCCCUGAUAUACAAUACAACAAAAAGGACUUGUGAUGUUCUGCAAGGCGCCAGGAAUACCCCAGGUGGAGAGCAGCAUAGAGCUGACGUCCUGCAGCAUUACAGAACACCAUGAUGAAUUGAACUUGGAUAAGGCAUACGAUCAGUUGGAGAAGAUGAAGCAACGAGUAUUGCAGAUGAAAAGUAUGAUAGUUCGGGAGCCAGCAACCACCACAGAUGAAGUGGAAGCGGAAUUCGAGAAGUUAGCUGACUCGAAGAACGAACAGUUGAGGGAAAUCCAAAAGGAUACCUCACGAUCCUUUCGGCAGAUCGAGGUAGUAAGGAAUCGCCUGGCAGAGACAACCAAGGAGCUGGCCUGCCUGACUGCACGGAUCCAGGAGGCUGAGCGAUGCACCAGAGAUCUGGCCGAGAAGAUGGAAAAGGUGCCCCAGUGGAUAGAGGAGCUUAAACAUCAAACAGGAAUUUGCUUGGAGCGGUUCAACGAGCUGGACAUUACCCUUUGCACUUACCUGACCUACAGCAAUCACAUGCGACCUUUAAUGGUGACCCUGGAACACACUUCCACCUCGAGGGUACCUCUACGUUGCUAUAAAAUGCAAUAUGUAGGCAUUUUAAGUCGCCUAAAGAAAACCCGUGAGUUGCUGCAGAAUACUCAUGACCAACUGAUGAAACAUACCCAACAUAUAAACAACGCCCUAUCAGAAUCCAUACCGAAGAAAUUUGCCAUGCUGCCUGAGUUCUGUAAUCUGUUGCUGGAUCUACAGAGAUCUACAGUAAAGCCAAAGAAGGCCGCUGCUAAAGUCAAAGCUCGAAGUCGGGCAUCCAUUCAGUUGGCCACGGCGGUAUCAAAACUCAAAUUAUUGCAACCAACUAAUGUGAUUAAGUCAAGAUAUUUGCCACCGAUAAAUGAAUAAUGAAAAUAAAGUAAUGUUAAGAGAUUAUUGGUUAA